AUUCACAGCAGACCAAAGCGACUCUCAGUCCAUCGCUGAACAGAGACAGUAAAAUCCAAGCCAGAUGUGCAACCGGGCCACACGUGAGCAUUCACGUUACCGAGAUUUUUGUCCGAGACGUAGUUUUGCUUCGUCCAUCAACGUGCCAGAUGACUGUCACCCGUACACGGAGUUUCUCGAGGACACAGCAUCCCCGCGUUCGCAACACAGCGUGCCAACAAAACAGGACAAGUGUUACGACCCUCACGACAAGACACUUACGUUUGUCGAUGGAGAAGAUGAUUUGGACUUUUUGUGUGAAGGCUUCAUAUCUCGCAGAGCUCAGAUGUCCUGUGGUCACGCUGUGACCCCGACCUCUCUCACCAACUGGUGUCGCAGGUUGUUGGACCAGGGUGAAAGCAGGUUUGUGUGUGGUGGGUCUGGUUGUAGUGCUGAGUGGACCUUUGCAGAAGUUUGUAAAAUGGCUCUUCUGGACUCUGAAGAAAAAAAGUACUUCAGAAAAACCCUGGAAUUUAACAUUGCCAGGCAGAAACUUACUACUAAGUUGUGUCCUGAAUGCAGAUCCACUGUGACGAGAGAGAAUGAAUCAAAUUUGAAUGUCCUCUGUAAAGAGUGCACAGCAGUAAAAGGACGGCUGUUUGAGUUCUGCUGGCAGUGUUUGAGGGAGUGGAAGGGUCCACGGCCUCGGAAAGACCGCUGUGAAAAUGAUGACUGCUGUAACGAGUCACUAGAAACACUAAAGAAAUGCCCAGAUAUGACGUUUCAUGGGUAUGAGUAUGAGUAUGGGUUUCAGUAUUUGUAUGGGUUUCAGCAUGAGUAUGGAGUCCGUGUGUGUCCCUCAGUGCGUGCCUGUCCCACCUGUGGUUUGCUGUUGCAGCACAGCAAGAAGGGUUGCCCAUCAGUUGUUUGCUCUCGAUGUGAUGGGAGAUUUUGUUUUGUGUGUCUGAAGCACUCUAGUACACAUUAUAGUAUCAGGUGCACUCCUGCCCCCAGGCAGACCUCUAUACCUGUUUGGAAGAACAAAUAAUGGCAAAGACACAAGGCUGAUACGUUUCACUUUCUUUGUAUUGAGAGCGUCUUUUCUAAAUGUAAAUGUCAGCAUGCUGUGUUUUAAAUUCUCUGCUUUAAUAACAUCACUUUAUGAAUAAAAAAUUGUGUUUUAUUAGUGAGCUGUCAUGUCUGAAGUCCAAUGAUAAAUCUGCAUAAAUAAAAGGUAAUUCAUUAAAAAAAAAACUUUAGAAUGAGGUUAAACAUUCUGUGUGUGCACAUGCUGUCCUCUGGUUAGUUACAUAUAUAACACAUGUUGUCUCCUUAUCCUUGUUUGUAUUUCAAGUUACAUGGUGAUGAAUUCUUUAGAGCAAAGGUUUCUUUUAGAAAAAGUUAGUUAAGUUUAAUCAACGUCACUACUUAAACACU